AUGGGUAGCAAGAUUUUGUUCAGUUUGACAAGCCCUCGAAUUUUCUCGGCCGUUUCUCGCAAACCCACCACAUCCACAUGUUUGUCUUCUCCUUCUCCUCCGUCGUCGAGGACUCAGUGGGCUCAGGUCAGCCCUGGAAGAAAGAUUUCUUUGAGAAGAAGAUCCUUCUUAUUGCCUGCAAAAGCUACCACGGAGCAAUCAGGUCAAGUGGGAGGAGAGGACUUCGAUAGCAACAUUAUGCCAUAUUGUAGCAUCAACAAGGCUGAAAAGAAAUCAAUUGGUGAAAUGGAACAAGAGUUUCUCCAAGCGUUGCAAUCUUUCUAUUACGAUGGCAAAGCGAUAAUGUCAAAUGAAGAGUUUGAUAACCUUAAAGAAGAGUUGAUGUGGGAAGGAAGCAGUGUUGUGAUGCUAAGUUCUGAUGAACAAAGGUUCUUGGAAGUUUCCAUGGCUUAUGUUUCCGGAAAUCCAAUCAUGAAUGAUGAAGAAUAUGAUAAGCUCAAGUUGAAACUCAAGAUGGAUGGUAGUGAUAUUGUGUGCGAGGGUCCGAGAUGCAGUCUCCGUAGUAAGAAGGUGUAUAGUGAUCUCGCUGUAGAUUAUUUCAAAAUGUUCUUGUUGAAUGUUCCAGCAACAGUUGUUGCUCUCGGACUAUUUUUCUUCCUCGACGACCUUACAGGUUUUGAGAUCACAUACGUCAUGGAGCUAUCGGAACCAUACAGCUUCAUAUUCACUUGGUUCGCUGCCGUGCCUGUGAUUGUAUAUCUGGCUCUAUCAAUCACCAAACUCAUCGUCAAAGACUUCUUGAUCUUGAAGGGUCCUUGUCCGAAUUGUGGAACGGAGAAUGUCUCCUUCUUUGGAACAAUCCUGUCAAUCUCAAGCGGCGGUAAAACCAACGCUGUCAAAUGCUCCAACUGUGGAACAGCGAUGGUGUAUGACGCAGGUUCUCGGUUGAUCACAUUGCCUGAAGGAAGCCAAGCUUGA